AUGAAUCAACAACACACCAAGGUUAACAAAAUCUCCCUAGUUCAACAACGAUUAAAAGAUAAUAAAUUAAUCGUUGAUUCUCAUCUUUCGACUUGUGAAUCUUUUCUUCGGAAAUCGCAGUACUCGGACCAAAUUGAACUGAUGGCAAACCCUAUGAAAAUAGAACAAGUAGGGGAAUUCUUUCAGGGACAAUCGUUUGACGUACAAGAGAAUAAUCGACGCGAAAACUCUUGCCUGAAGGGAGAUUAG